AUGCCCAUCGACUUCUACACUCACCCCAUCAGCCCACCGGCUCAGGCUGUUGUCAUCACCGCCAAGGAGCUUAAUGUGGAGCUCAAUGUGAAGGAAGUGGACCUUUUCGGUGGAGCCACACGAGCGCCGGAGUACUUGAAGAUCAACCCCAGCCACACCGUGCCCACGCUGGUUGACAAUGGUUUUGCCAUCUUUGAGUCUCGUGCCAUCAUCACCUACCUGGUCAACAAGUACGCUCCGGAGAGCUCGCUCUACCCAAAGGACGCCCAGGCGCGAGCCAACGUCGACAAGGUGCUCUUCUUUGACGCCUCUUCUUACUACCCGACGCUCAAAACGGCCUUUGUCCCCAUCUUCCGAAGGAAGGAGCAGCCACCGCAGGAGGCAAUCGACGAUCUGAAGGAGAAGAUCGCCAUUCUGGAGGCAAUUCUGGGCGACAGCCAGUUCAUGGCUGGCGACAAGAUCACCCUGGCCGACAUCUCCCUCGCUGUUUCCAUUCCCAUUGUGAAGCACAUGUUCAGUGGACUGCUCACCGAAAAGCUGGCCGCCUGGUACGAUCGCGUGGGCAAGGCACUGCCUGCUGUUCAGGCGUACGAGGCAGCUCUCGCCAAGAUGACCGCAGAGCAGAAGUAA